GCAGCAGCCCAAGUUCAAGGCUUGCUGUGUGCAUGAGUACGAGCUGCCUGGAGCGGGCAGGGGCCGGCGGGCAGCGAGCCGAAGCCCUCCAGCUGUGAGCCGCAGGGAUGGCUCCAGCCGCCGAGUGCCGGGAUUCCCACCUCUGUUACUACAGCAUCAAAUUCGCCCUGUCCACCUAUGCCACCCUCUUCUCGAUCCUCGGCCUCACGAUCCUGUGUGUUGGGAUUUACGCCGAAGUGGAGAGGCAAAAGCACAAGACCUUGGAAGGGAUCUUCCUGGCUCCAGCCAUCAUCCUCCUGCUGCUGGGCUUCACCAUGUUUGGGGUCUCCUUCGUUGGCAUGGUGGGGAGCCUCAGGGACAACCGAACGCUGCUCAAGACGUUCUUCUGGGUUCUUCUGGCGAUCUUUCUCACAGAGCUGCUGCUGCUGUUCAUUGAAAUCAUCUUUGAGAACAAGAUGAAUGCAGUUUUCCACUCCAACAUCCAAGAGGGCAUCAGGCACUAUUACGAUGACCUUGACUUCAAGAACAUCUUGGAUUUUGUACAAGAAAAGUUUUCUUGCUGUGGUGGGGACGAGUACCGGGACUGGGAGGUUAACCAGUACCACUCCUGCAAUGGCAGCGGGCCGCUGGCAUGCGGAGUGCCCUACACGUGUUGUAUCAGGAAGGUCCCUGGAGAAGUCAUUAACACCCUGUGUGGAUACAGGACGCUGGAUAAAGAGCGCCUGGAGCUGCUCAACAUCAUCCAUGUACGAGGCUGCAUCCAUGCCGUUGGGCUCUGGCUCAAAGACAACUUUGAGGCCACUUUGGGCAUCGUUUGCUCCCUGCUGCUUCCUCAGGUGAUCGGCCUCGUGAUGGCUUGGCUGUAUUGGCAAAAGCUCAACGAGAUCUACUCCAAGCUGGACACUGUCGACUUCAAGAUCCUGGAGAUGCGGGAUUUCAGCUUCGGGGCUGUGGAUCUGAGCGGUGCGGGCUGGUGCUGGUGCUUGCCCAAGGAAGGGGGCUACAUUCCCAUCAAUGCUGAGGAUGAGGAAGAUGAGAAAGAGGAAAGCACCAUCUGCCAAAGCAAAGUGUGAGAAGGUGGAGGACUUGGAGCACAGCUCUUAGGAAGGUGGUCGAUGUUGAACAUGGACAUCAUACGAUUUAUCUUCUCAGGUCCAGGAGACAGUAACACUGGGAUGUUAUCACAACUGCAAUGCACUGUGCUGGCACAUGGGUUCCCCAGGGUCCUUUUACUUCCUUCCCCUUUUGAAGCAUUUCUCUAUCACUUUAUUGGGUUUUUAGGGUUGGUUUUUUUUACACAAUAAAUGUAACUCGUGUUGUGUUU